CCUUUUGCUUUAGGCUGAGGCUUCUUUUUGAGGCUCACUGGCCUUGAAGCCCAAUGACGAUUUUGCAUGAAUCGAUGUGGCAAACACCCAGAGAACUCUCUGGUGUCAAAUCGCGAAAGCGAGCAGUUUUUGAAAUUCCUUUGGGUUCAGUUGACGCAACUAGCAAUGCUGGUAUUCAUCGUGUUUCUGGUCUCAAGGUGACUCUGGAGAGUCGAAUUUGCGCCCUGGGCCCUGGUGGCCGCUUGGCCGUGGAGCUGCUCCUGGGGCGCCCCCUGAAGGGCAAGGUGCACCGCCACGAGGGGCUGCAGGUGGCGCAUUUGGGCUCUCACUUGGCUGGCAAUGAGGCCAACAUCGGAGAGCACUUGGCUGCUGUGAAUGCGGUCUUGGAGACAAGGCCACAGGUCGUGGUGUUGGAUAGCGAGGGAACAACCUCUUGGACAAGAGCGUUUGAGAUGCUGCUGGAGGCUGUGGAUAUUUGUGGGCAAGGAACAUGGAAUACUGACAUAUGA